AUGACCGCAGUGUAUGCAAACGGAGGUGGCCUGGUGAACACCCACAGUGCCAGGUGGGAGCGGCGAGACAGCGCGGAGAGCGGUGGUCAGACAGACUGCAACAAGGAGGGUGAGGAGAGACAGCCGCGCCAGCUGACACCUUUCGAGAAGCUGACCCAGGACAUGUCCCACGAUGAGAAGGUGGUGAGGGAGAUCACGCUGGGGAAACGGAUAGGUUUCUACCGAAUUCGAGGGGAAAUCGGAAGCGGGAACUUUUCCCAAGUCAAGCUUGGGAUUCACUCCUUAACCAAAGAGAAGGUGGCCAUUAAGAUCCUGGACAAGACCAAGUUAGACCAGAAAACUCAAAGGCUACUCUCCCGUGAAAUCUCCAGCAUGGAAAAACUGCACCAUCCCAACAUUAUCCGCCUUUAUGAAGUCGUGGAGACCCUAUCCAAGCUCCACUUGGUGAUGGAGUAUGCAGGGGGCGGGGAACUCUUUGGGAAAAUCAGCACUGAAGGGAAGCUCUCUGAACCAGAAAGCAAACUCAUCUUCUCCCAGAUUGUGUCUGCUGUGAAGCACAUGCAUGAAAACCAAAUUAUUCACAGGGAUCUGAAAGCAGAGAAUGUAUUCUAUACCAGUAACACAUGUGUGAAGGUGGGUGAUUUUGGAUUCAGCACAGUAAGUAGAAAAGGUGAAAUGCUGAACACCUUCUGUGGAUCUCCUCCCUAUGCUGCCCCUGAGCUUUUCCGCGAUGAGCACUACAUCGGUGUUUAUGUGGAUAUCUGGGCCUUGGGGGUGCUUUUGUAUUUCAUGGUGACAGGCACAAUGCCAUUUCGGGCAGAGACGGUGGCCAAACUGAAGAAGAGCAUCCUCGAGGGCACCUACAGCGUGCCCUCACACGUGUCAGAGCCCUGCCACCGGCUCAUCCGAGGAGUUCUUCAGCCUGUACCCUCGGAGAGGUAUGGGAUCAACUACAUCAUGAACAAUGAGUGGAUGCAAGGGGUUCCAUGCCCCACUCCUUUGGAACCUUUCCAACUGGAUCCUAAACACUUGUCAGAAACCAGCACUCUCAAAGAAGAAGAAAACGAGGUGAAAAGCACUUUAGAACAUUUGGGUAUCACAGAAGAGCAUAUUCGAAACAACCAAGGAAGAGAUGCUCGAAGCGCCAUCACAGGGGUCUAUAGAAUCAUUUUACAUAGAGUGCAAAGGAAAAAGGCUUUGGAAAGUGUCCCAAUUAUCAUACUACCAGACCCUAAAGAAAGAGACCUUAAAAAAGGGUCCCGUGUCUACAGAGGCAUAAGACACACAUCCAAAUUUUGUUCGAUUUUAUAAGUUACAUCAGACUGCUGGGAAUUAACCAAGAUCAUUGUUGCUGCUUUUAAAUUUUUUUCACGGACAACUUGGGUGGAGACAUUUUUGUAAUUUUUAAAUAAAUUUAAAUUUGAGGUAUGCAU